AUGUAUAAAUAUAGCUAAGUAUUUAUUUUUUAUUUCAGAAGUAGGUUAUCUGUUAACCUAGUUAUUAAACAAUACUAAAGCAGUCCAAAUAGGGCUAUAUAACUAUAUUAAAUUAAUUUAUAUAUCAAGUUAAGACUUAUAAUAAAUAGUUUCAAUAAGUACCUAGGUACAUAAUAUUCAUUUAGAAUUAUGAAUACUAGUAAAUCAAAGUCCAAUAAGGGUUCACGUAUGUCUACAAGAGAUUCUUACACUGAGGAGGGCAUUAGAAAGGCAAUUGAAGAAGUAAAAAGUGGUGAAAGAACUGCUUCAGAGGCAUCCAAGUUGUACAAUAUCCCGCGCACCACAUUGAGGGACAAAAUAAGUGGUAAAGCGCCUGUUGUAAAAAAGAUGGGCCCACAAACCAACCUCACUGAAGCAGAAGAAAAUGUUUUGGUGAAUUUUAUUGUUAGCGCACAGAAACGUGCCCACCCUGUUACCAAAGAAACCAUUAUGUCAUUGGUAACUAGUCUUCUUUCGGAUGAAAGGUUACUUAUGGAAGUAAAUAGAGACCGUCCCUUUCAAUUUGGAAGAUCAGGGACUCGACAGCCAGGGAAUAAAUGGUAUAAGCUAUUCCUGUCGAAGCAUCCUAACAUAGUUGCUCGCAUGACUGAAUCAUUAAGUGCGAAUAGAAGAAAUGUCUCACAAGCUGUCAUACAACAAUGGUUUGCUGAUUUAAAAUCGUACCUCUCUGAACAUGACCUUUUUGAAAUCCUUCAGGAACCCCAGCGUAAUUAUAACAUCGACGAGUCGGGGUUCCAGUUUUCACCCAAGGUUUCCAAAGUUUUAGCUGCUAAGGGUUCUAAAAAUGUACCGUAUGCGACAUCUUCAAAAGAAAAGGAAAGAAUCACUGUUCUAGCUAACGUUGGUGCCGAUGGCUCUCUCCCUCCACCGCUUAUAAUUUAUCCUAACCUUCGUAUUCCUAUGAAUGUAUACGAAGCCAUUCCAUCCAGUUUAUUUGCAAUCGGAAAGAGUGAAUCGGGAUAUAUUAACCAUCAGGUGCUUUAUGAGUAUCUCACUAAUGCAUUUGACCAAUGGUUAACUCAACAUAAUAUACAAAGACCAGUUAUAGUUUGGUCCGACAAACAUGAAUCGAGGCUGCAAUUUCAUUUAGUUAAAACCUUAGCAGACCUGCAAAUAAUGCUUAUAUUGAUCCCACCAAACUGUACCCAUUUCAUGCAGCCUUUGGACGUAGGAUUGUUUGGCCCUAUGAAAAAUGAAUGGGCUAAGUGUGUGAAUAGGUUCAGGGCUGCCAACCCAAAUGAAUACGUUACCAAAGAGUCCUUUGCAGGAAUGUUCCUGCCAGUGCACACAAGGGUCAUGAGUAGAGAGAAAAUAGUAAAAUCCUUUAAAAAAUGUGGCAUACAGCCAUUUGAUCAAGACGCUCCUGAUUAUACCAAGCUCACUCUUGAAGAAACCCACUCCGGAAACAGUCGAAUAUUUGAAGGAGUGCUUCAAGACGGUCGUGUUGAAGCUUCCACUCAAGUUGAAAAUUUUUUUCAUGUCAAUGUUGCGACACAGACAUCCUCUGACAUCAUCUUGUCUGGUAACACAAGUACUAGCACGAUGGAAGGACUGGGAGCAGGCCCAAACAUUCACCUGAUAACAAAAUCAUUUGAUGACUUUGUCAUCGAUUCGCCACGAUUUGAUUCACUCAGAAUGGUGAAGAGGCAAAAUUGGUUCCAAUAUGUCUUUGAUCGAAAUCAUCGCCAAGAGGAUGCACCAGCUGUUGAUUCCCUUGUUGUUUCCCCUGUUCAUUCACCUAGUAUUCAUUCUAGUUCAGAUGCACAGUGUUCCUCAAUGUCAGCCCCUCCAAACAGGACUAGGCCUAUGUUGGUAGAACCUCAAAGACAAGCAAGACCACCUGCGAUUAGUCCUGCUCUUAAAAAUCAUAAGUGGUUCCCUUCUCCAAAAAAAGCUAUCGGAAAGGUUCGUACAGUGGCUCAAGAACUUCAUGCCACAUCUGUAGUGACUUCAGAUAAAGUUGUCUCAAUGCUAGAAGGUAUUAGGCUUGAAAAAAAAACAAGAACAAGCAAAAGAGGAAAGAAAAACGAAGCGCUUAGUUGCUGAAUUAGCUAAACGCAACAAGCCAAGUGUUCCAGCUAAAAGAAAGUUGCUGCCAGCAACAAAAAUGGCAAAGAAGAAACCAAAAAAAUUUUCCAUUACAUAAAAAAAUUAUUCAACAAUUAUUUAAAUAUAUUUUUAAUACCAAAUAACUAAAAAAAAGAACUCAUUUUUUAAAAAGUCUGAGGGUGGCGAACACUGGAACAGGUUCAAAAAAUUGCCUGGCGAACACGGGGACCGUUCCAGUGUCCGCCACUUUCAACUUGCGGGGGCUAUAGCCCCCUUAUUAAUUAUCGGAGGUCAUUCGUUCUAAGUACAGCGUAUAGCCCAACUAUCCAUCUGUACGAUAAAUAUUUAAGAUCAAUCAUUUAUUGAAAAACGAGUGAGAAAAAAAUAUUUUAGUGGGGCAGGGUAGAAAAAAGUGGCGAAUA